UCGCUUUGUCCUUUAUAGACUUACCUCUCAAACCUGCUCUUGACUUUUGUUUGUUUGCUUUCCUCAAAGAGUUCAACAUGUCUACAGUAAGGCUGCUCCUAUCUUAUCUGCUUUUCAAAGAGGUUCUUGCGCUGUCAGGGAACUUCUGGCACAUCACGGAUCAGCACUGGGACCCAACAUAUAACCCGAAUAAUAAUCCUGAACUCGUGUGCGCAUCAAGCGGUAAACGACCCGCAGCCAAUGCCGGGAUAUUUGGAGACUACGCUUGUGACUCGCCAUGGGACCUUAUUAACUCCUCUGUGUAUGCCAUGAAAGAUAUUCUACCAGACCCGGACUUCAUCGUAUGGACAGGAGAUGACACACCACAUGUUCCCAAUGAAGAUCUGGGAGAAGUCGCAGUGCUCAACAUUAUACGCAACCUUACCCACAUCAUAACACAGGUGUUUCCAGAUACUAAAGUGUACUCUGCCCUGGGCAACCAUGACUAUCAUCCCAAGAGCCAGCUUCCUGCAGCCCAAAACUACAUCUAUGACCAAAUAGCAGAAAUAUGGCAACACUGGUUAGAUCCUGAGUCCCAAGGAACAUUUAAAAAAGGUGGAUAUUACACUGAAAAGCUGCUGAAUCGAACAGGUUUCAGGAUGCUGGUCCUCAACACUAAUCUCUACUAUGAUCAGAACAAGGUGACCCAGGACAUGGAUGAUCCAGCGGGCCAGUUUAGCUGGGCAGACAAGGUUCUUACAGAGGCCACCAACAACAAAGAAAAGGUGUACAUCAUUGGCCACGUUCCUCCAGGUUUCUUUGAGAAGAAGAGAAGUAAGCCGUGGUUCACACCUAAAUUCAACAAGCUAUACUUGGAUUUAAUUCAGAAGCAUCAUUCAGUCAUACUUGGACAGUUCUUUGGUCAUCAUCAUACUGAUAGCUUCCGAAUGUUCUACAACUCAGAGGGAUCUCCUAUCAGUGCAAUUUUCCUCAGCCCAGGUGUCACACCGUGGAAAACAACACUUCCUGGAGUCAAAGACGGAGCCAACAACCCUGGGAUCCGUGUCUUUGAGUAUGACACCCAAACACUUGUGGUAAAAGAUGUGGUGACCUAUUACCUCAAUCUAACUCGAGCAAAUGCGGCCCGCGGACGCUGGGAGAAGGAGUAUCGCCUCACAGAGAGCUUCAGAGUACCAGACGCCUCCCCAGCCUCCAUGCACCAGGCUCUGGAGCGCAUUGCUAGUGACAGCUGCUACCUACAGAAGUACUAUGAGUUCAACUCCGUCAGCUAUGACCUGACGGAGUGUAACAAUGACUGCCGUGUUGACCACGUGUGCGCAGCCAGAGAGGCAGACUUUGAAAAGUAUGAACGCUGUCUACAAGGGGCGGCAGCUGCCAUUUAUGGUGGGUUGCUGCCUGUCCUUUUUGUGGCUUUAAGUCUGGUUUCGGCCAAUUGGUAAUGAUUAUCUAUAUCACAGAUAAUGUUUAAAAUAUAUUAUUAUUACAAAACUGAAAAUCAAGAUCAAGAGCAUUGUGGUAAUGUAAAUGUUUGAUUUAAAUUACAAUAUUUAACAAUCAUGUUUUAAGUCAUAUGACAUCUAUAAUUUAACUGAGUCGUGCACUAAAUGUACUUAAUCAGAGAGAAAACAACCUUUGGCUUCAGCAAUCUUUGGUGUGGCCUCUUUACCUUGAUUUAUUGGUACUGGUUGAAUAUUUCAUUUCCAGUCAUUAGAAAAACUAUGUGGUUCUUGAGGUUAAAGUACACGGCACUCAACUGUAAUGUUUUGGAUCAAAUCCAGACUUUUGUAAAAUAUUUUCGCUCCCCAUCUAACUCUUAUCUAUUAAAUAACACCAAAAAUGGCUAAAA